AUGGAUUACGAACCACAUGUUUAUAUUCCUUUUCAUGUUUUACCAUCAGGAGUAGAGCCUCUUCAGUCAAACAAACUUUCCUUUAAUUAUAAAAAGAACAAUUUCGAAUUAUUUGGCGAUACAGAAAAUCAUUAUCGGUUUGCCUUUACAGCUGAUGGCAUAACAUUAAACAUUAAUGAUAAAAAUGCGAGUAUGCACUCAAAAUACUUAAGUUAUGAUACAAAUACGCUUUGCACAUGCACACUUAAAUUUGAUAUUGAUACAUUUAAGAUAGCAGCUAGAUUAGGACAAAAGGCUGCACAACUGUAUAUCCAAAAAACUUAUCCGAAUUUAGUCAGCUCAUGGAAUCUUGGCUUUGGCGACAGAUUUGUUGAAUAUUCAAUUUCAAGGAAAAAUCCUGAUAUCAAUUUCGGCUACUAUUAUUCAGUUAAUGCUAAAUCUUUCCAUUUCAGCGUUGAAGAUCCAAAAAUCAAAUAUGCAAUUCAAAUUCUCUUUCCAAAGCUUACAAUUGGUAUAACACAUCCAUCAUACACAUAUCUCAAAUUGCGUACACGUAGAGGAAAUGCUACAGUUGGCCUCACAACACGACAACAACUAAAUCAAAUUUUUGCAUUCGCCAGAUUCAGUCAUCAUUGGGAGAAUUCAAAAAUAUUUUGGUGCUAUGAAGCUGCUAAAGGAUUGUCAGCUGGAUUUUAUAGAGAUUUUAUGGAAAAAAGAUUAAAAGCAAAAAUUUUCACAACAAGCAAUAAUGUCAUAGCAAACACAGAGUAUAAAAUCAACGAUAACUUUAUAACUACCGCUACAGUAGGUACAGAUAUAAAGAAAUUCAAUUUUAAUUUCAAUUUUGGAAUAACAAUGUUAGAUGAUAACUAA